AUGAAAUUUGUUGGUACAAUAACUGAUAACACAGGAGGCUUCUUCAAAAUACCCUAUGAGAACGACAUAGGAGAAAAAAAAUGGAUAAUCGUAGCAGGAGAUUUCCAAGGGAUUGGAGCGCAACAAAUAUUUCCAUCUUUGGACGAGUCAGCUCUUAGAGCCAACUUUACCAUUUCCGUAACACAUCAACCAAAUUAUAUAGCUUUAUCGAAUGCAAAGAUUACACGUACAGAAACACGUGAAAACAAUGUCGCGAUUACAACAUACUUCGAAACAACUGAUAAAAUAUCCCCUUAUCAAGUAGCGAUUGUAUUGUCCGAACUUCCAAAUUGUUUUGAUUCUACGUGGCGCUGGCGGUGCAGACGAUAUGUGCAGCUCAAAGAUAUAAAAUAUGCACAGGACCUAGUUGAAAACUUCAUACCAUAUUUAAGAACUGUAUUUAAGAACUCAAAGCUUCCACGUAAAAUAGAUUAUGUUGUAAUUCCUGGUUUCAAAGACGAAGGCUUGGAAAGUUGGGGACUCGUUCUAUAUAGGGAAUCACUUGUUCUUUACGAUGAAAAAUUAGAUACUGCUGCGCGGAAAUUUGAACUGGCACGUAUGGUAGCACAUAAAAUGGUGUAUCAAUUCUUUGGCAAUUUGAUCAGCCAAUCUAAGUGGUCUGAUUUGUGGUUAAACGAGGGUAUUGCUACGUUUUAUGCAAUGAAGUUUCUCAACAAGUAUAUAAACCCUCAAUUGAUGGAUUUACUCACAGUACAGUUUCAACAUGAGUCUCUUCGUUUGAAUGAUUAUUACGACAUGCCUCUUGUACCAAAAAUUGAUACGUCUUCUAAUAAUACGACAUUUUUCCCUUUAACCCAUUAUGUUAAAGCACCUAAUUUUAUACGCACAUUAUUACAAACGAUACCCUCAUCUGUAUUUCAAGCAAGUCUCAAUACAUAUUUAUCCAUAUAUCAGCUUAGAUCCGACAAUACUUGGAAUAGCACUAUCGAUAGUUUCUUCAAUGUUCUUACAAAAGCCGCAAAUGAACCAAAUGAUGACCUAAACUUGGCAGUUAGGUUGUAUCAUUGGACGAUGCAAGAACGUUAUCCUAUACUACAGAUGACACGAGAUAAGGUUUCUCGAAAUAAGGUUAUAAUAACAUUACAAAAAGACUAUUAUAAUAAUUCAUAUCCGAUAAACAUGUGGAUACAUGUGACUUAUGUUACGAACAAUUCUUCCAAUUAUACAAGGGAAGAAUGGUUGAAUCCGAACAUGUCAUAUUUAGAAUUGACUACUAUUAAAGAAGAUGAUUGGAUUAUUAUUAAUGUACAACAAGCUGGAUAUUAUCGUAUUAAUUACGACAAUGAUAAUUGGGAAAAACUUGCAAGAUAUUUAAACUCAACGGAAUAUAUGAACAUACAUGUACUCAAUCGUGCUCAAAUCAUUGAUGACGCGUAUUUCUUUCUAUUAAGGAACAAACUGGAGUACAGUUUUUUCGAACAACUUACUUCCUAUCUGUCUAAUGAGACAAAUUAUGUAGCGUGGUAUCCUAUGUUUAAAAUUCUAGAAAAUAUGUCGGGCUUUUUUCCAUUUUCAAACAGUACCAGAGUCAAGGAACAUUUUCAGAAAAUCUUGAUAUUUCUUCUCUUUAACAUAGGCUACGUCGACUUGGAGAAUGAAAGUGAUUUUACUAAAUGUUUAAGGCACGAAGCCGUAAAAUGGGCAUGUGUUCUGAAUUCUCAAGAAUGUAUGGCUGUUGCCACUUCUGAUUUAAUACGGUUAUACGAAAAGCCAAAAUUACAUCAAAUUUUUCCGGGAUGGAAAGAAUGGACUUAUUGUAAAGGAAUAAUGAAAGCAAAUAAUAUAACUUGGAACAAAGUGUUGAAUGAGGAAAAGAAACCAUUAAACAAUCAACUUUUAGAAUUUUUAACGUGCUCUAAAUCUGAUACUAUCAUCAUCAACUAUAUCAAUCUUUUGACAUCAAGAUAUUUUACUGAUGUAAAGCAGCGUAUUGUAAUUUUUCAUUCUAUUAUUGCAAAACAUAUAGACAAUGAUUUAGUCUUUAAGUAUAUACUACAAAAUUUUGAAAAAAUAGUACCCAGGUAA